GAGGCAUACCCUUCCACCGACCCAGGCUUCAUCAGACACGAUGAUAAACAUCCGACCUGCAACAGUGGACGAUCUGCUGUCCAUGCAGAAUUGCAACCUAAUGAACCUUCCCGAGAACUACCAAAUGAAGUACUACAUAUAUCACGCCUUAUCAUGGCCUCAGCUCUCCUUUGUUGCGGAGGAUCAAAAGGGCCGUGUUGUGGGCUAUGUUCUAGCUAAAAUGGAGGAGGAAGUGGGCGAUGUGCCACAUGGACAUAUUACAAGUUUAUCUGUAAUGAGGAACUGGCGACGAUUAGGCAUUGCCGAGAAGCUGAUGAGCCAAGCACAGAAAGCAAUGCUGGAAGCAUUCCAUGCACAUUACGUCUCGCUGCAUGUAAGAAAGAGCAAUCGUGCGGCCCUCCAGCUAUAUCGCGAUACCUUAAAGUUCAGUGUGCACGAGAUCGAAAAGUCUUAUUAUGCAGAUGGAGAGGAUGCGUAUGCCAUGCGAAAACAGUUGAAGGAAGAUGCAGAGGGAGCGCAGCAUGGUCGUGGAUCAAAAUCAAAGCCCUUGAAUGGGAGGGAGGGUGGCCAUUCGCAUUGAACAGAGAUUUUAUAAGCAAUCUUUCUGCUUUCGUGUUUAUCGGUGUACUCCCGUGCGGAGAGCUACCGGUAUAGCGACCAGUAUCAAUACGGGCUGAUCUACUGUCAGGAUGCGCAAUCGGAA